CCUGGGAAUGGUUAGCAUUUAGGUUAAAAUAUCAGUAUAUAACAUGCUUUUCAUUUCUAAUUAAACUGUUCUUAAAUUUAUGUACUGACGGAUUAAAGUUGAUUAAAUUACCAGGAGUGAAAGUAGGAUGGAAAUACAGUGUAGGAUAGAGGAUCUGUGUCUAGGGAACCGGAGUUGGCGUGAUGGUCUCCUAGCAACAAAAGAAAUGCCAACAAGCUGAGACAAACACUCAGCUGGGGCAGUCGAGGAUGGACGAGAGGAUGGAAAGGAGGGCUGCGUAAAGGGAAAAAGAGAGAGGGGAGAAGUGUAAAGUAGUCUGAGGUGGGACUGGUGUGGAAUGCCUGUGCACAGUGAUUUAAAGUAAACGUCUGAGGUCAUCAGGAAAAGAAAACUAAACUAAACUAAAAGCAUCCAUCAUGAUGUUCGUAGGGUCAAACAUGAACAGCAAGUCAUCCCUUGGAAAGCAUAAUUCCUCCCCAGUUCCUCUGCAUAGUGAGUCAGAUGAUGGUCCAGCUGAGUCCAGUGAGGAUUCUGAAGCUCUGCCAAUGGAAACCCUUCCUUGCUGGGCCAAUCAAGCCCUGUGUAGAUUGACAGAGGGUGAGAGGGAGCUACAGCGCCUGAGAGACUAUCAGGCUAAGGAGCUGGAGGUUGUGAACCAAGCCCUGGAGCGCGCCAUUUUGGGAGUACAGACGGAGGAGCGCAUCCUGCUGGAGCGGGUGGCUCAGGACCACCGAGAUGUCCAGAGACGCCUGGAACAGCUGCAGAGAGAAAAUGCAGCAGCGGCUCGAGUAGGCCUCUCUUUAGUUGAUGAGCGGCUUCGGCAACUGGUGUACUUGAAAACGGAGGUGAAGGACUGGCCGGGCGAUCAGUGUGUGUCUCACCAGAAUCAGCUGCUGAAAGGUGUUUCUGAGCUGCUUCAGCCCUGGGAGAUAACCCUCUCCCUGAAGCGGGUACAUUUUCGACCCAGUUCUCAACAUAAGCCUAUCACUUUCGGAGACGUUCAAGUCCACCAGCAUGACCUCGGCUUCACCGUCGGGGCUUGUGUACUGCAGGGCCAGCCGUGUUCCCUCCACACAGACGUAGUUCAGGAGGAAGUCCCAGACGGGGCAGAGCAGACUAUGUCUAACAAGCCAGAAGCAGGACAUGGUCCAACAGUGACACAGAUGAUGGGUGAGUGUGUGGUCAGAAAUAUUUGUCUGUGUCCCAGGAAUGAAGAUGUGGAAGAUGAGAUGCAGACCUCUCCAAGGGCAAGAUGUUGGCCGCCAUUGCAGAGUCCUUCCCUUAAGGAACCAUCGCAGCAAGAUGAUGUGGAAGACAGCAAUGAAACUGCCCCUGCUUCCCAAAAUAUGGAAUUAGAUUAUGUGGGACCGGGGGAUAAUGAAAAUGAAGACGACAGGUUGACAAAUGGUCCAAGAAAUCUGAAAAAUCGAAACCUGCUUUCCAGUUGCCAGCAUCCCACCAGUCCAAAAGUGGCUAUGCUGGAGCACCAUAAAACUGUAGACCAAGAUGUACUGAGACAAGACUCAGAGAGAAGAUUUUCAAACUGCAGCCAUAACAGAAAAACAUCCCCUAAGGCAAACAAUCAUGCACUAGCAAGCAGUCAGAGUUGCCUUUGUUUGUCAUCCAAAGGCUACCCAUGCUCAUGCUCCUCAGAUGACCAUCUUCUCAGAAUGUCUGGUGAAAUGAAGAGGACUUCUUCCCCAACGGAUAGUUUGGACUCUUGCUACACCUUCAUCGUUAGUUCCCCUCGUGAUUACAGCUGCUCCCUGUUCCGUGACCCACGCAUCUCCAAAUCCACAGCGGACCUUUCUGGAGGGCACCGGCCAAAGAUCAAUGCAAGAAAGGAGACACUGCCGCAGGGUCAGAGGGCUAAGGGGAACUUCUUGGGGCAGAAGCAUCAGAGCUCUGUGCCUGGAAGAGUCUCUACUGGCAGAGGUGCCAGAGAGCAGAGCUGGCAGAGGUUAUUGCAGAAUACUAAAAGUGGUGCUGGCCAAGUAACCAGAUCUGUCUCCAUGUCAGUCAUAGAAGGGCCCUUCCCCAGUGACCCCACAGAGGAUCAGAUGGAAGAUGGAGAGAAGGCCUCGCAGAAAAGAGCAGAGCCCGACAUAGUCAAGGAGGAUGAAGAUCCAUGCCCUCUAAAGGCAGUGCGGCUGGUCAGACAGUUUGGGAAGCAGGGUUCAGGUAGGGCUGAUUUUACUCUCCCUAGUGGGGUUCAUGCCACACCCCAGGGUCAGCUGUUUGUGGUGGACUGUGGAAACGCUCGCGUGCAGGUGACCGACACCCGAGGUAAUGUCCUCCAGCAGGUUUCCACCGAGCACAUGGAGAAUUCCAAUCGCCGCUGUCAAAACUACUUCGACAUUGCUGUGAGUGUUAAGGGUCUCAUCGCGCUGAGCUGCGCAGCCCGGAGAGCCCUGCUGAUCUUUAACAGACAUGGGCGCCACUUGCAAACCAUUGGGGGAAUGGGAGCUAGGGAUGAGCUGGAGGCACCCAGGGGAGUGGCUGUCAACAGCGAGGAUGACUUUCUUGUGGCGGACAUUCGACGGGGCACUCUGACUGUCUUGAGGCUAAACCCGAAGACCGGUACCAAGCUGGAAUGCAUGACAGUCCCAGGUUUCCAUAGACCCUACCUGGUAGCAGCCUGUCCAAACACAAGGCUCGUGGCUGUGUCAGAGAGGGGGAGUGAAACAGGGCAAGCGCCUUGCGUCAAAGUCCUGGAUGAUAGCUGGUGUGUCAUACGUGUUCUGGGUGUGUGCUUGGGUGUGGGACCCCUCCUUUCAUGUCCUUGGGGCAUAUGCAUCGAUAAGGAUGGAGAUGUGUUGGUGGCAGACUGGGGCAAGGAGCACCAAGUGCUUAUAUACCCUGCCAAGGGUAUAGGUCAGGCUUUGGUGAGCCAAGGCCUGAGAAGCCCCCGUGGCCUAACCUUGCUGCCUCAAGGUGACCUUGUGGUGUCAGACAGCAUGCACCACUGCAUCAAGAUCUUCCAGUACAAAUAAUAUCAUUAUGCUCUGAAAAUUAAGACAUUCUAAAGUCAAUGGUACUACGUAAUCCAUUUAAGAUGUUUUUUUCCCAGAAUAUAAUCUGCACCAUAGUCCAGGACUAUUUGAUUCUUAUAACUGUGCUGUUUCCAGAAAUUUACUUGUACUUAUUUGAAUAAUGCUAUCCAGAAAGCAUCUGAUUAUUACAA